GACAGACGGUGGGAAUUAAAAGCUUUACCUGGAAACUGGCUUUGUAUCUCCAAGCCCUGCUUUUGUCUCCCAGCCCAACUAUCUAUUUUUGUCCUUUUAUAUUCUGUGUUGUUGUGUGUCGUGUAUGCCAGUGCUUGGUGCCUGGUUGUGCAGCCAGCCCCAGCGACAUUUGAGGAGCCCUCACUAAAUACUGGACUGUGCAGCCUAGGAAGAAACAUUCAGGCAGUAUGAGAAGGUUACCUGGCGGUACCAGCUGUGAUCAACUUAACAUGGUGAUGGGUGACCAGGGCAUGCAGUGUGUUCCAGCUUCGUGCCAGACCCACCACGCUUGAGCCAGCAGAAAGUCUGUGCUGUGGGAGCUGCCCCUACAAAAUAUUUCAGACACAUUUUCCUGGGCAGGGCAGCGCUGGCAGGAUCAGGGGCUGUGCGAGAGCCAGAGCUGGUGGCAGCAGCAUGCGUGCGGCAUCUGAGGCACAGGGCGCGAGAACCACGUAAGGUGCCUGCCAGAGCCUCCCCCCUCACCUGCCUCCACUUCGACUGGCAGAAACUUCACAGCUCCCUCACACGCAGUCCGGGCUUCUCCGGGGGGGCUUGGCACUGACAGCUGCAUGCAUGACACUCCGAAAAGGAGAGAAAAUGACCAUAAGUAUCCAGGAGCACAUGGCUAUUGACGUCUGUCCUGGACCCAUCAAACCCAUCAAGCAGAUCUCCGACUACUUCCCCCGCUUCCCUCGCGGGCUCCCUGCCACCGUCGGCCGCAGCAGUGCCCUGCGCUCCACCGUCAGCCAGUCCUCUGUCAGCCCCGCUGAGGCCCCCCGUGAAGAGGAUGAAGACGUGGACCAGCUUUUUGGGGCAUAUGGCACGACACCCACCGAGCAGCCAGCCAAGUGCCAAGCACCUGAGGAGGUGGUGGACCCCGAGGGCUAUGAGUCUGACGACUGCACCACGCUGGGGACACUGGAUUUCAGCUUGCUGUAUGAUCAAGAAAACAACGCUCUCCACUGCACGAUCAAUAAAGCCAAGCUGCCAAAACUUGACUACAAAAAGGGCCUGAAGCCAAUGGACCAUAAUGGUUUGGCUGAUCCGUACGUCAAAUUGCACUUGCUUCCUGGAGCCAGUAAGGCAAAUAAGCUGAGAACCAAAACACUGCGCAACACGCUGAACCCCACCUGGAAUGAGACACUCACCUACUAUGGCAUCACCGAUGAGGACAUGAUCCGCAAGACCCUGCGGAUCUCGGUCUGCGAUGAGGACAAGUUCCGCCACAACGAAUUCAUUGGAGAGACAAGGAUCCCGCUGAAGAAACUGAAACCCAACCAGACCAAAAACUUCAACAUCUGCCUGGAGAAGCAACUGCCGAUAGAUAAAACAGAGGACAAGUCGCUGGAGGAGCGCGGCCGGAUCCUCAUCUCCCUCAAGUACAGCUCGCAGAAGCAGGGGCUGCUGGUGGGCAUCAUCCGCUGCGCCCACCUGGCUGCCAUGGACGCCAACGGCUACUCUGACCCCUACGUCAAAACUUACUUGAAACCAGAUGAGGACAAGAAAUCAAAGCAUAAGACGGCGGUGAAGAAGAAAACACUGAACCCCGAGUUCAACGAGGAAUUUUGCUAUGAGAUAAAGCACGGUGACCUGGCAAAAAAGACCUUGGAAGUCACAGUGUGGGACUACGAUAUUGGGAAAUCAAACGAUUUCAUAGGUGGAGUCGUGUUGGGAAUUAAUGCCAAAGGCGAGCGGCUGAAGCACUGGUUUGACUGCCUGAAAAACAAGGACAAGAAAAUCGAGCGCUGGCACACGCUAACGAACGAGCUGCCGGGGGCUGUCCUCAGCGACUGAGCGCCACGGGGGCCGCUCCCCAGGGGGGGCACAGCUCUGCCGGCCACAGCCUUUGGACUUCUCUCGUUUACGGCUUUGGCUACAGGGGAUCGCGGUACCGGGGCAGCUGGGAGAGUGGGACACCCCAUGCCACAGCCUGGCUGCAGGGAAACCUUCCCAGGGAACGAGGCAGCGGGGGUUUGCUGUGCGCAGCAGAUCCCGUCCCCUAAAGGCUUUUCCAGAAUGGCUCCUCGCACCCCGACACUCUCACACACACACUCACGUGCAUGCACGACACAGCCGCCGCACACCUGCAUGCACUGCCGUUCCGACUCCUCUCCUAACUCUUUGCUGUACUGAAUUACCUUCUCGCUGCCUUGCAAUUCAGUGGCAAAAAUGAAUGCGUCAGUCUCUGUGUGUGUAUCUAAUGUGAGCAAAAGGCGUCACUAAAACCUGGAACUAUUUUCUAAAGGCAACUGUGCCAUAUUUCUGGUGGUUUGUCAGUCUCUGUGGUUUGGGCCUAAACAGUCUUUUAUGCAUUUAAAGCUCCCCAGUUGGAAUGGUUGUGUCCCCUGACGAUAACCUACAAAGACUGUUUGCUUUUCUUCCAGAAACGUACUCGUCCUCUCCAGUAACCCCUGUGAAAUCAGGCAGCCAGCUGCAAGCGCUGUGCAGACCAUGGCUUCACUCUCACACUCCCUGGGCUCGGCCGGCUUCACAGUUGCAGAAGUGUGGGGCAAAAUUAAGAAGCUCAGGAGAGCUGCCGGCAGUUCCCACUUCCCGGGACCAGGGCCGAAGCCUCCUGCUGCCCUCGCAGUAACCGCUCUCCUGCUGAGCCGAGCCUUCCUGCCCAGAGCCACGCAGCCAGGCUUCUGCACAGCUCUCUUUUUUCCAGCAAAGCCAGCUUUCAGGCUGAAUUUUUUUAUAAUUUUUCCCUUACUCGUCCUUUUUCCAAUCCAUGCCAUCACCUACAGCUCAGCUGAGGCACUUUAUGCUGCAAGCUGGUGGCGUGCAGCAAGCUGAGCUGCGGGGCCCGGCCGGUGCCGUACUUGCAGAGAUGCUCAGCUCUGGCACAGCCGUCAGGUUGGUCCAUUUUCUGAUUCAAACGGCAUCCAAAUCAAAUUUCUGUGUACAGCAGAGUAGUAAUAUAAUAACAUUAUAGUAAUAAUCCCAGCUCUCGUCCUCUGUGACCCACCGUGGCCGGGCUCUGCAUCCUCAUCCUCCUGGGCGCUGAUGCUUGCGUGAACAAAGUCGUGUUUGCACAAGACCCCAGUGCCUGGUGGGAUGAGCUAAAACCUUCCACAAAAUGCUGCAGUUUGCCAGAAAUUUUUGAAGCCUUUAAGCCGUGAUUUCUUAGGAAGAGCUGCUCUUUCCCCAUCGGCCUCAAUUACCUACAGCUUCUCAGCCCUGCAGCUGUGUGUGUGUGUGUGUGUGUGUGUGUGCGUGAGUGUUGCCAACUUCUUUUUUGGAAAGCAAUCCGAUCUCUGGAAACCUGUUUACUUUUCAAAGUGAUGAUCGUGUCAUACCUUGUUUGAUAUGGGGGGUAAAACCCGAUGUUCAUAGGGGCUUUUUUAAUAAUUCAAUAUUUGUAAUGCAUUCUACAGCUAUGCAUGGGGUUUAUUUGAAUGCUGGCAGCGUGUCAAGUGGGAUGUUCCUGGUAAUUCUGUCUGUCACUGGUCCAGCACCUUAACACCUGGUUUGGGUCUGAGCUUCCUGGAGAGCUACGGGCGUGCCAGGUCAGCUGUGCCUCCCUUUCCUUGCAAAGUUACUUUCAAUCCAUCAUUUGUUUCAGCACAUCGUGCUCUGGAGCUGGUUUAUGCUCGAGGUGGAGUAGGACACGAUGUGUGUGUGGGGGUUUCUUCACUUUGUAUCCUGGUCCUUUUCUAAACAGACGGUCCAUCCGUCCCAGCUGCAUGCAGAGUGGUGGUUGUCAUGCCAGGCCUCGUGAAAUGUUUGAUACCAAUGUUUUGCUACCAUGUGAAGGCUGCAGAAACUGUCCUUACCUGCAUCCUAAAAGACUUUUGUAUUUCAGUAUUAUCUAUCUGUGUACUUUUUGUCAGAUUUGUUAAUAUUUAUAAUGAGAACCCAAAAUAAAAAGGAAAAAAAAAAAAGCAACCCCCCCCCCGUCAGUGCCAGCAGUGUGGCUUUUGAAUCUCCCUGCAUUGGUGCCACGGUGCGUGAGCUUGGUGUGGCACAGCACUUCUCCGGUUCACCAAGUGACCCAGAGAUGCCAGAUGAAGAGCUGGGGACCGGCAAGGACUCAGGAAUGGGAGACAGUUUUAAACCAGAGCCCUGGGUGCUGCUCGGCUUUAUUCUUCACUGUCACAUCUCUUGCUGCUGCUGCAACAAAAAACCCACCCAAAACAGCACCGUCACUGUGUUGGCUGCACGUCACCUGCCUUCAGCAGGGGCCCUGCUCUGUCUGGGCAGGGUGCUGUGAGGAUGCACAGAGAC